AUAUUGUGGAAUUCAAAGGUGCUUAUGAAGAUGGGAAGAAUGUGCAUCUGGUGAUGGAACUGUGCUGGGGUGGCGAGCUUUUUGAUCGGAUCAUAGCCAAAGGGAGUUAUUCGGAACGUCAAGCGGCUUCUAUUUUCAGGCAGAUAGUGAAUGUGGUGCACGCCUGUCAUUUUAUGGGGGUUAUGCAUAGGGACUUGAAGCCUGCAAAUUUCUUGCUGGUUAACAAGGAUGAGAAUUCUCCGAUAAAGGCCACAGAUUUCGGACUCUCCAUUUUCAUUGAGGAAGGCACAAUGUAUAGGGAGCUUGUCGGAAGUGCAUAUUAUGUUGCACCGGAGGUAUUAAACCGGAGAUAUGGCAAGGAGAUAGAUGUGUGGAGCGCUGGUGUCAUUUUAUACAUUCUUCUUAGAGGGGUGCCUCCAUUUUACGGAGAGACAGAUAAAGAAAUCUUCAAAGCAAUUUUAGAAGGUAACCUCGACUUAAAAAGCCAUCCAUGGCCAUCUAUAUCUGAAGGUGCAAAGGAUCUUAUCAGGAAGAUGCUGGCAAGGUGCCCCAAGAAACGGAUUACAUCUACUGAAGCCCUAGACCAUCCAUGGAUGAAGGAGGGCAGUGAUGCAUCCGACAAACCUAUCAAUACUGCUGUUCUUAGUAGGUUAAAGCAGUUCAGAAUAAUGAACAAGCUAAAAAAACUGGCCCUAAAGGUGAUAGCAGAAAGCCUAUCAUCAGAAGAAGAGAUCAAGGGCCUGAAACAUAUGUUUAAAAACAUCGACACCGAUAGAAGUGGUACAAUAACACCAGACGAACUCAGAGAUGGAUUAGCUCGAUUGGGAUCGAAGUUAACUGAGCCAGAAAUAAAACAACUUAUGGAAGCUGCUGAUGUUGACAGCAGUGGAACCAUUGAUUACAUUGAAUUCAUAACUGCAACAAUGCAUCGACAUAGGCUUGAGAGGGAAGAAAAUAUAGUCGAGGCCUUUAAGUUCUUUGACAAGGAUAACAGUGGGUUUAUUACAAGAGAUGAACUAAGCCAAGCUAUGAUGCAGUAUGGAAUGGGAGACGAGGCUACCAUUGAUUAAGUUAUCGAGGAUGUUGAUACUGAUAAGGACGAGAGGAUCAAUUAUGAGGAAUUCGUGGCCAUGAUGAAAAGGGGAAUU